AUGCUGGAAAACACAGGAGCCAUUCUCCCAGUGUACAUCACCACGUUCGUCUUUGGGCUUCCAGCCAACGUUGUGGCGCUCUACGCCUUCAUCCGGAAGGUGCGACAGGGUGCAACUCCCGUUGACGUCCUGCUGAUCGGACUCACCAUCUCCGACCUUCUCUUUCUGCUCUUCCUUCCUCUCUGGAUCAAGGAGGCUGUCGACGACAUGAGGUGGGAGAUGCCCCAUUUCCUGUGUCCCCUAUCCAAGCUCGUCUUCUACAGCAGCCUUUACAACAGCAGCCUGUUCCUCACCGCCAUUAGCGUCGAGCGCUACCUGGCGGUCGCCUAUCCAAUCACUUACAAGCUGAACAGGAAGUCCUGGCAUGCCGUGGUGGGUAGCGUCGUCAUCUGGACCAUCUCCAUGGCAGAGUGCAGCAUCGUCUACGUCAUGCAAUACUACCACCACCUGGAUGACGACAGCAGUAGCAGCAGCAGCAACAACACCCUCAAAGGCGAAGCGCAGGCCAACCGAACCUGCUUUAAGGACUUCUCCUCAGAGCAGCUGAACGUUCUGCUGCCAUUUCGCUUGCAGCUGUGCGUCGUCCUGUUCUGUGUGCCGUUCCUCAUCUGCUGCUUCUGCUACAUCAACUUCAUCCGCAUCCUCUCCCGCCUGCCCAACAUCUGCCCCAGACGACGACGCAGAGCCAUCGGCCUGGCCCUGGGCACCCUGGUGAUCUUUGUCAUCUGCUUUGGGCCCCACAACGUCUCGCACCUGGUGGGCUACGCCACUGGCGAGAGUCCCGGGUGGCGCAAGCACGCCGUGCUCACCAGCACCUUCAACGCCUGCCUGGACCCCUUCAUCUACUACUUCUCCUCGUCCGCACUCAGGGCCACCUUCAGGGGCAUGUUCGGCUGCUGUCUGCCUUUGCACAGCUGCUGCUGCUGCGGUCGUGUGUCCUGGUGCACGGCAGAACAGCCUGCAGCGCAGCCGCCAGUGGAUACUAGGACACAGAGCACCAAUGAUAAACUGGACUAA